AACCUCAAAAACUUCACAGAUUUCCCAUCUUUGGUGUACCAUAUAAUCUUAUGAUUCUUUGUAUACCAAAACAUGGUCUUAAACUUCACUUCCGUUCGCUAAACCCACCCUGAAAACCACCGUCCCAUUCUCCGAAACCACUCGCAAAGCCACCGUCGUGUUAACUAUCCCUUGACCAGGGUCCUUUAGCCUUCUUUUUGGUGACCAUGGUAAAACCCUGGCAUCAAAAACGUUACCUAUGACAUAACUUUUGUUUGGAAAAUCAUAAACUGUCACGUUCCAAGUAUAUCAUACUUGGAAAGGGUUAUUAAGAGUUUAAGGUAGGUUCUAUUAAGAGUGAAGAUGAAGCUGCGGCAACAUCUACAACAUCCUCCACCGGAAUCCUCCAUGUUUUUCCAGUGACUGAAAAUUGGUUUUCCGGUGAAAGUGUUCAAAGGGUUAUUAUAAGUUUAAUUAGAAUAAAGGAUGGAGACAAGGGCUAAUCAACUUGCCUUGAGUAAAGAUAGCUACUUGGAUUUGGAGGGCAACUUGCUUAGAAAAGGCUUACUUCCAUGCUCAAAUUGAUUUGAAGAGAACAUGGCGGUCAAAGUUGUUUCGUCUCACGUACUCAAUAUUUAUCUUGUCAACCUAAGGAUCAGAAGCUCAAUAAACAAUGGUCACUUCGCGGACACCCUCAAAAUCUACUCUUCAAUGUUACACAACUCUAAUGUUCAUGGAAACAGCUUUACUUUCCCAUUACUCUUCAAGGCAUGCGCAGCCCUCACUUCUCUUCGUGACGGCACGAAGCUCCACGCCCACGUGCUCCAACUUGGCUUCGUACACGACAUCUUCGUACAAACAUCUCUUCUAUACAUGUACUCCAAAUGCUCAUGUCUAGUCUCUGCUCGCAAUGUGUUCGACGAAAUGCUUUCAAGAAAUGUUAUUUCUUGGAACACUAUGAUUUCUGCUUAUUGUCGUGGCUUCCGUGUAACGGAAGCAAUAAAGCUGUUGAAAGUAAUGUGGGUUCUUGGUUUUGAACUAAGUGCUUCCACUUUUAUCAGUGUCGUGGCUGCUUGCGCCAAUCUUCAACUAGGCUUAUCAAUGCACUGUUGCAUAUUUAAAAUCGGAUUGCUACAAUGUGAGAUUCCUUUAGCAAAUUCGCUGAUGAAUAUGUAUGUUAAAUUUGGUUUUAUCGAUGGAGCUCGUUCUGUUUUUGAUACUAUGGAUGAAAGAUCGAUCCUUUCAUGGACUACUAUAAUUGGUGGCUAUGUAAAUGUUGGAAAUGUUGGGGAAGCAUUCAAUCUAUUUAGUAGAAUGAGAAAAGUGGGAGGUGUUAGUCAGGAUAUGGUGCUGUUCAUUAAGAUCAUUUCAGGUUGUGUACAGGCAGGGAAUUUGCCAUUAGCAUCAUCAAUUCAUUCGUUAGUUCUGAAAUGUGGAUAUGAUGGUGAAGAUCUGAUGGAUAACUUGGUUCUUAACAUGUAUGCAAAAUGCGGUGACAUUGGCUCUGCUCGAAGAGUAUUUGAAAUGGUAGAUGAGAAAUGUAUUUUCUUGUGGACAUCCAUGAUUGCAGCGUAUACUCAGUUUGGUUACCCUGCUGAAGCAUUGGAUUUAUUCAAGAGGUUAUUGAGAACCGGGCUCAAACCAAAUGAAGCAACCUUUGCCACCAUACUCUCUGCCUGUGCUGAUUUGGGGUCUCCAAGUUUGGGGAAGGAGAUAGAACAUUAUGCGAAAAUAAAUGGGUUGGCAUCAAAUCGGCAGGUCCAGACCUCAUUGAUUCACAUGUACUGCAAAUGUGGGAUAGUGGAGAAGGCAGAAGAAGUAUUUGUGAAAGUUUUACAUAAAGACUUAGCUGUUUGGAGUUCCAUGAUAAAUGGUUAUGCAAUUCAUGGCAUGGGAAAUGAGGCUCUGAACCUAUUUCAUCAGAUGCAAAUAACUGAAUCCUUCAGCUUAGAUCAUGUUGUUUUCACAAGCAUAUUAUUGGCUUGCAGUCAUUCAGGGUUGGUGGAGGAUGGAUUGAAGUAUUUCAAAGACAUGAAAACGAUUUAUGGAAUAGAACCUAGUAUAGAGCAUUAUACUUGCUUGGUCGAUCUUCUUGGUAGAGCUGGUCACUUCGACUUGGCCCUGAAAACCAUCCAGGAAAUUCCCGUGCAAGUACAAGCUCAAGUUUGGGCUCCAUUGCUUAGUGCGUGCAGGAAAUAUCGCAAUGUUGAUCUUGGAGAAUAUAUAGCCAGGAAGUUGUUAGAGUUAAAUCCUGGAAACACCAGUAAUUAUGUUUUGAUGGCUAAUUUAUAUGCAUCUGGAGGAAAGUGGAAGGAAGCAGCUAUAACAAGAAGCAUGUUGAAGAAUAGAGGAUUGGUUAAAGAACCUGGUCGGAGCCAGAUUGAGAUCAAUGGCUAUAUACAUGUUUUUGUUGCUGGAGAUAGAUCACAUAAUCGGUCUGCUAACAUCUACAAAAAGUUGGAUGAGCUUAAUAUUAAACUCAAGAAAGCUGGGUAUAUUGCUGAAAUAGAUAUGGUGAUUCAUGACUUGGAAAUUGAAGAAAAAGAGGAGGCUCUGAAGGUUCACAGUGAAAGAUUGGCUGUUGCGUGGGGACUAAUCAGUACUGACCUGGGAACCACUCUUACAAUCAUAAAGAACCUUCAAACUUGUGUUGAUUGUCACUCGUUUUUGAAGUUUACCUCCAAGGUUACAGGCAGGCAUCUUAUUGUAAGAGAUGGUCAACGCUUCCACCAUUUUCGGUCUGGUUCCUGUUCGUGCAAGGAUUUCUGGUGAUAGGCUUUCAUUCUAUUCAUUGCUUCAAAAUGGUGUUCAACCCAUUCCUUGAUUACUGAAAGCGAUUCAAGUAACACCAUCAAGUGGGUGAAUCUGCCAUCUGAAGGUCCAUGGAGGCUGAGGACAUGGAUUCUCCACGUCAAGAGGCUUAAGAAGGAUGUCAUAAACUGGGAGGUCAAGCACACGUUUAGAGAUAAUAAUAAACUAGCUGAUCGACUCGCAAAAGCAGGGGUUCAGCGCACUCAAGACCUUAUCAAAGUGCUGGAUUGAUGCCUGGUGUGUGCUUUUUGUGCAUGAUUUUGAUGGACUCAAAUCUGUGACGGUUAAGCGGUUUGACCUGGACAAUUGUUAGACUGCCUUUUCCAGUAAUAAUGUUUCUGGGUUGUGUGUAUCUGAUGGUGAUGCAAAGGAGAACAGGGGGUCUUGGGUUUGGAUGGACUCUUGCUGGAUAAAAGUGGCUUUUGUUACUUUUAGGAGCUGUCAUUUUUGCAAUGUUUUGUAUGUACAGAGACUAGGAUUGAGUCCUGUUUUUUUUUUUUUUUUGAGUCUUGAUGGUCUGGGCAUAGGACGUGGGAAUCCUGUAGGUGUUUGUUUUAUGCGCAGGUCAUGUCAAUAGCGUUUGUUGAUAUUGAGAGAAAUGGGCAGUGAAUGGGGAGCCCAGGGAACUUUUAUCUUUUGUACAGAAUUUUGGGGAUGAUUCAGAUUUGUCACUCUCAAUUUCUGGGAGUUACAGGCCUGAAUUGUUCUGUUUCCUCCUUCCAGAGGUGAACUAUUGGUUUCCUCUGCAUUGACUACGUAGGGAAGGCUCAGUUAUAGUCA